UAAAAAAACUGCGUUAACGCACGAUAAAAUAAUUGUCGGCGUUAAUGCAUUACUAUCGUAUUAAUUAAUUAACUUGCCCAGCUAGUAUGUAUACAUGAUGAACUUAGUCUGCGUUAUUGCAUUUUGUAGUCCCAUUUGGCCACUUGUUAGCAUUCGUCUUUUUAAAACAUGUAAAAUCUUCAAAAUUCACAAAUGGGGUGUUUACUGAUGUCUUUUAUACCGUAGAACAAAACUUUGAAAUCUCCUAAGCUUGUGUAAACCACAGAACCUAUUCCAGGCAUCUAAUAAAAUUCCCAUAUUAAAAAAAUAAAAAACCAAAAAAAAAAAUAAACUGACUAUGAGAGGAGGGAACAAAAAAUUAAAUCUGCUAAGAGUGCAGAAGUAAGUGCAGAAGUAUUUACUGUCAAACCAUUGGGUGGAGCUGGUCAUGUGUCAUCUUUGGUAGGACUCCCCUGAUGUUUUCCAUUCUCACAGUUCACUUGCUAGUCCUGAUCGUAUUUCAACCUGAAUAGUUCUCGCUGUUAGAAAGUCCAUAACCCAGUUGAAAACCUUCCCUACUGAAAUACAGGCAGAUUUUUAAUUUAGAAAAAUAGUCUGGUACUCAAUGUUGUGCAAAAGCUGGAGACUGUUGUGAUUGUGACUGAUGACUUCUAUACAGUAUAUAAGUGUUGUGUGUUUUUCAGCGUGUGACUCCAAACAUGGCAGAGUUCCUCGAGAAGCUCAGGACUCGAGUUGGAGUCGGAGUGGUAGGAGGGUCGGACCUUUGUAAGAUCAAAGAGCAGCUGGGAAAUGAUGUGAUCCAGAAAGUGGACUACGUGUUUGCUGAGAACGGUCUUGUGGCCUAUAAGGAUGGACAGUUACUCUCUAUCCAGUCCAUCCAGGCCCAUAUGGGAGAAGAGCUACUCCAAGAUUUCAUUAACUUCUGUCUCAACUACAUGGCCAAGAUCAAACUGCCUAAGAAGAGGGGGACAUUCAUUGAAUUUCGUAACGGCAUGUUGAACAUCUCCCCCAUUGGACGCAGCUGUACACAAGAAGAGAGGAUUGAGUUCUACGAGCUAGAUCAGAAAGAGAAAAUCCGAGAGAAAUUUGUGUCCAUAUUAAAGGAAGAGUUCAAAGGAAAAGGAUUGUCAUUUUCAAUCGGGGGCCAGAUCAGCUUUGAUGUGUUUCCUGAUGGUUGGGAUAAGAGAUUCUGUCUGGGUUUUGUUGAGGACAACUACUCAACCAUUCACUUCUUUGGAGACAAGACCAAACCGGGAGGAAACGACUAUGAGAUCUUCAGCGAUCCUCGGACCAUCGGCCAUGAGGUCUCCUAUCCAGAGGAAACGCAACAAAUUUGUCAGCAGCUUUUCUUCUCAUGAGAGAGAAGCAGCAACUGUCACUCUCUGCCAAAACAGGCUUCUAUUCAAGGUCUUAUUUAUCUGUCAAGACCCUAUCUUGAGGCGUGACCACAAAAAUGAUCGAUUGAAUUCAGAAAGAGCCAGUCUUGGUGUCUUUGGUAAUGUCAGGAAGGAGAGGGAAGACUCACUGACUAAUGAGAGAAAGGGAUUUCUGGGUAUUUUUGGUUGGAUAUUAUAUGAGAACUGUCACGACUUCAAAUAUGAUGUAAUGGGUUAAAAUGUAUUGCUUAAUUUUUUAAUGAGAUGGAGUUUUUUUCAGUUGCUGAAUUGUUACAUUGAUACUGAAGACCAGCAUAUUUUAAUCAUCCAACUGCAAGCCAAACCUUGAGAAAUGAAAGCCCUUAGCCCUUAGCCAUGAACACAUUUAGAUAUAUGACAAAUAAGACAUGAUAUUUCAUAUUUGUCAAAUCCAUGUAUGCAGGAAACGGAUCAACUUUUUCCCACUGACUAUUCGCCAGUCGGUUCCUUCUCAUUUUGUGACACUAUGAUGAACCAAUAAAACUGAAAGUGAUUCCAUUGUUCUGACAAUUCAAAAGCCUUGUCGGGUUUUGUUAUUUGAAGCUGCCCUUCAUGUAAUUUUGAAUAAUACGUCUGAGCCAGUGUGUUGCAUUUCUUUCCCUUUAACAGGUCAUAUAUUGAUAAAUCAUUUACAUCAAUUGAUACAGAACACACACACACCACAGGGAACAGUGAAAUGUUCCAGUUGAAAAGGAGAGGGGAUCCUAUAGCUCACUAGAUUGAGUCAGUGUUCUCUCAUCCACAGCAGCAUGGUGACAUUUAUCCUCACACACUUUGAUCUUAUCAUAUCUGCAUGUUGGUACACCUGUCGGAACCUAUUCUACUUCUGUUUUUUCCCCCCAACUGAGUGCAGCUGUAUAAGCCAAGCUUUAAAAAGGAAAUCUAAAAAAAGAUUUGAACAAUAAAGGAGGGCAAAAACUUUUCUUAUUUUUUUCAUUUGGCUGUAUGAAUGUCAUGUGGAAACACAGUUUUCUUAAAACCGGUGGUCUGUCUACCCACAUUGAGGGAACACAUGGAGCCAGUCAUGUUCAGUGGGUUUUCAGCCAACUUUACAAUGAACUAACCAAUCCAAACACUGUAUAUGGUUGUUAACAUAUGGAAUCACACAGGCAGUGUAGAGAACAUGAAAAGUUGUGUUUAAAUCUCUUUUUGCUGUUGGUACUUUACCUAAAUGGGAAUGUAAAAAGUUACAGGGCAUUUCACAACUUCAGAGUUUACAGUUUGUGUCCUGAAGCACGCAUCAUUCAAACAGUCUACUGUAUAUGAUGAUGUUUGAAAAAUCUGUCAUAUGAUUUCACUGGAUUGCAUGAUGAUUUUCAACUGAAGGAUUUAGUUGGGCUGAGGAUGUAUAUUAUAACAUCACUGCGGAUAGAAUGAUGACGGUGCACACCAACUAGUAAAUAAAUGGCUUUAAAUAAACAUUCA